AUCGACAUAUUGAAGCUAGCUUCCUUAGCUGGUUAGCUAUGCGUCACGUACCUUUCUAGUUAACCUAAAAGUUGGUAUUUAUGUGUGAAAUGUUUGUCGGAGGUGUUUGCGGAUGAACUGGGAGCAAGGACUUAAUUAUGUAAAAUCAUCCAAAAUGACUACAAAAGUGGAUAAACCCACCAGUCCUGCUAAAAACCACGCGAAAAAUACUAGCCCAAAGCAAGACUCGAGCUAUGGCUACAAAGAAGAGUCUUUCGAGUUUGAACCACCACCAGAAGCUCCUGUUUUUCACCCAACUGAGGAAGAAUUCAACGAUCCACUUGAGUACAUCAACAAGAUCAGGAAAUAUGCUGAAGGAUCGGGCAUUUGCAAGAUUAAACCGCCUCCAAAUUGGCAACCGCCUUUUGCCGUUGACGUUGAUAAACUAAGAUUUACGCCACGAAUUCAGAGACUUAACGAAUUAGAGGCUAAAACUCGCGUCAAAUUAAAUUUCCUCGACCAAAUCGCCAAGUUCUGGGAACUGCAAGGUUCCACAUUGAAAAUUCCUAUGGUAGAAAAACGUUGUAUUGACCUAUACACGUUACACAGCAUUGUUCAAAGUCAAGGUGGUUUUGAUCAAGUAACCAAAGAUAGGAAAUGGUCAAAAAUUUCGGUUUCUAUGGGGUACCCAUCUGGUAAAAGUAUAGGCACAAUACUAAAAACCCAUUACGAAAGGUUACUUUAUCCCUUUGAUCUUUUCAAACAAGGGAAAACUUUGAAUUUUAAAAUGGCAUCACCUAUAAAUGAAGAAAGCGAAAAGGCUGAUAAAGACUAUAAACCGCACGGGAUUGUGGGACGAAUGGCUAUUAAACCACCACCUGAGAAACACGCCCGACGAUCUAAACGAUUUGAAGCUGACCCAAAAGUCGAAGACGAUGUAAAAGAAGAAUGUAAAGAUGACAACAAAGAAUUAAAACGCCUACAAUUCUAUGGCGCCGGUCCAAAAAUGGCCAUUAGUAAGGAGAAAGAGGAGGAAAGAAGAAAUAACAAAACUGUCAACUACGACUUCGAUCCUUUGGCAAAAUACGUCUGUCACAACUGUAACCGCGGCGAUUCUGAAGAGUAUAUGCUAUUGUGUGAUGGUUGCGACGACAGUUACCACACAUUUUGUCUAAUGCCACCUUUAAACGAGAUUCCUAAAGGUGACUGGCGCUGUCCUAAAUGUGUGGCUGAAGAAGUGUCCAAACCAAUGGAAGCCUUCGGUUUCGAGCAAGCCCAAAGAGAAUACACUCUGCAACAAUUCGGCGAUAUGGCCGACCAAUUUAAAUCCGAGUAUUUCAACAUGCCGGUUCAUAUGGUACCCACGAAUGUCGUCGAGAAAGAAUUCUGGCGCAUCGUGUCUUCAAUCGAUGAAGAUGUGACAGUUGAAUAUGGCGCUGAUCUUCACACUAUGGAUCAUGGGUCGGGUUUUCCAACCAAAACGUCUCUAAAUCUCCUACCCGGGGAUAAGGAGUAUGCCGAUUCUGGGUGGAAUUUGAACAACCUCCCGGUUUUGGAAAACUCGGUUUUGGGGUAUAUCAAUGCAGAUAUCUCCGGGAUGAAAGUCCCGUGGAUGUACGUCGGGAUGUGUUUCGCGACGUUCUGUUGGCACAACGAAGACCAUUGGAGCUAUUCUAUUAAUUAUCUCCAUUGGGGCGAAGCCAAAACUUGGUAUGGAGUUCCUGGGAAAAUGGCCGAAGCCUUCGAGGAGACAAUGAAGUCGGCCGCUCCUGAACUUUUUCACUCACAACCCGAUUUACUACAUCAGUUAGUCACAAUAAUGAAUCCGAAUAUUCUGAUGAAAGCUGGAGUUCCUGUUUAUCGCACGGAUCAGCAUGCGGGGGAGUUUGUCGUGACAUUUCCUCGGGCUUAUCAUGCGGGGUUCAACCAGGGGUAUAACUUUGCCGAGGCUGUCAAUUUCGCACCAGCUGAUUGGUUGAGGAUGGGCCGUGAGUGUAUUUUGCACUAUUCGAAUUUGCGCCGUUUUUGCGUAUUCUCUCAUGAUGAGUUAGUGUGUAAAAUGGCUCUAGAUCCGGAUAAGUUAGGUCUGACGAUAGCCGCAGCUACAUAUCAAGACAUGCUACAAAUGGUCGAAACUGAGAAAACACUAAGAAAGACGCUCCUCGAUGCGGGAGUGUCUAACGCUGAACGCGAGGCUUUUGAGUUGCUUCCCGAUGACGAAAGGCAAUGCGAUCAUUGCAAAACGACAUGCUUCCUAUCUGCAGUAACAUGCAAAUGUUCACCGGAUAUUCUCGUUUGUCUUCGUCAUUACAAAAAUUUAUGUAAUUGUCAUCCAGAGAAUUACACGUUACGUUAUCGUUACACAUUAGAUGAAUUACCGGUAAUGCUUAAGUCGUUAAAACUUAAAGCUGAAUCAUUUGAUCAUUGGGUCAAUCGCGUGAAAGAUGCUUUAGAUCCGAAAACUCCCAAAACACUGACAUUGCAAGAAUUGAAAGCUUUACUUAAUGAAGCAGACGGCAAGAAAUUUCCAAAAUGUGAUUUACUACAAACAUUAACCGACGCGGUAGAAGAUGCCGAGAAAUGCGCAAGAGUUAUCCAACAAUUAGAUUUAAAUAAAAUGCGUACAAGGACAAGAAACUCAUCUGACACGAAAUACAAAUUGACGUUAAAAGAAUUAAUUCUUUUCCAUGAAGAAUUAGAUAGCCUAGUGUGUGUUUUAGAAGAAGCUAAAAGUAUUAAAGAUUUAUUAGAAGAAACGAAGAAAUUCGAAACAACUAGUAAAGCUUUACUUGAAAUGAAACUGAGUGAAUGUUCACUUUCCGAUUUAGAGCAAUGCAUUAGUCAAGGUAAUAAUCUAUGUAUAGAACUUCCGAAUUUGCGUAGUGUUAAAAUAAGAUUACGUCAAUGUGUUUGGCUUAACGACGUAUUGUCCUACAAGAAGAAAACUGAAGUCCUAGGACUUGAGUCAAUUAAAAAUAUUAUUAAAACCGGUACUCAGUUACCACCAAAUCCUGAGAUAGAAGUCGAAUUGAGUGAACUACAAGCCCUCCUAUCCAAAAGCGAAGAAUGGGAAGAAAAAGCAAAAGCUAUUCUUAAAGAUACCGGAAGUGAAGUACUUAUUGAGGUUGAUAAAUUAUUAAAAGAAGCUGGACAAAUUAAUUCGUAUCUUCCAUCUGAAGAGUUCCUUUUUGAAGCCAUGGAUAAAGCUAGAGAUUGGUUGCGUCAAUUAGAAGAAAUGAAUUCUGCUGAAUGCUAUCCCUACUUCAACGACAUGGAGGAGUUGAUUAAAAAAGGACACCAGUUGGCGUUACAUUUGGUUGAAGUCAGCAAAUUGGAGUCGUUUUUAGAGACAGCGAACGCUUGGAAAGAGAAAACAAGUCGGGCGUUUCUUCGGAAAAACUCAUCGUGUAACUUAAUGGAGGCUUUAUCACCUCGAAUACAACUCACCAGUAAUUCAAAAUGUCGCAAAAAGAAUCAAGACGACGAGCAUGGCAUUUUUAACCUAACCAGUGACAUGGAUCCUGCUACUGUUGUAGCACUAUUCAAAGAUGCCGAACAGAAUGAAAUGGAGUUAAUACGAACUGUCCGUGCUGCAAAUUUAGAAAAAAGUAUGGAUCCGAACGACUGUGCCUCAUUUUGCGUCUGUGGUCGAAGUCUUUUUGGCUUGAUGAUGCAAUGUGAAUUGUGCAAGGAUUGGUUCCAUUCAAAUUGCGUCCCUCUUCCCAAAGUCGCGUCUUCAAAGUACAAAGGCAACUUUACUAGUGUUGCACUACAUUUGGGAUUUAAAGACUGCAAAUUUCUCUGUCCUAACUGCUACAGGACAAAGCGUCCACGUCUAGAUGCGAUACUUCUUCUCUUGAUGUCCUUGCAGAAACUCUUCGUUAGAGUUCCUGAGGGUGAGGCUUUACAAAGUUUGACUGAACGCGCUAUGAACUGGCAAGACCGUGCUCGCCAACUUAUUCAACAACCAGAACUUGAAGCAGCUAAAAACAAACUUGCAUCGUUCAGUCAGAAAUAUUCAGAAGCAGCAGCGAGACAAAGAACUGAGAAGAUUAUUUCGAGCGAACUAAAGCGAGCUUAUAAGAACCCGGAUUUGUUACAAAGGGUACAAGAAAUAGCACCCUUUAGUGGAGUUACACAAGAUGAUAAGUCUGAUGAUACUAACGUUACGGAUUCUUCAGAUGACUCUAAGGGAUAUGGUUCAGCAGAUGACCGGAUGGGAGAACACGCCUACUCCCUCCAUUUCCCUAAAUUUGACUCGAGUGAAUAUAAAUUGCAAAUUGCUUCAGAUAUCAGGAAGCAGAUUGAGGAGUUGUUAAUGGAAGGGGAUUUGCUUGAGGUUUAUCUGGAUGAAAUUUUCCAACUUUGGAAGUUGCUUCAAGCAUCGCGGGAUCCGGAAAAGGAAGCUAUUUUGAUCGAUUUUGAUAUGCAUUCAAAGAAUGCUCCGUCGAAGCGCGGUCGUAAGCGUCGAUCGGAUGAGAUCGAGAUGAUGAAGAAGUCCAAACUCGUGAGAAAUGACGAUAAACAGAAGUCCAAACCGAAAACCAAAGAAACACAAGGGAAGAAAGAAGGUACUCGACGCAAGGGCCGCCGACGUCAGUCCACAGGUUCGGAGGACGAGGACGAAGAUAGUUGCGCUGCAACAGGUUGUUUGAAGCCGUUGGGAGAGAACGUCGAUUGGGUUCAAUGUGACGGUGGGUGUGAUAAGUGGUUUCACAUGGCCUGUGUUGGUUUAUCCGCGCAGGAUAUAUGUGAAGAUGAAGAUUACAUUUGUAUGACCUGCUCACAAAAUACUUACGGAACACUCAAUACCGUCGAUAGUUUUUCAUCUAUCAGUUCUGAUUGUUCCACUUUAUCCCAGCCUUCCACUUCGAAAGACUCUGUUCAGUGCAAAUUUUAGUCAUAAUUGUCCGACGAGGACUGAUACAAGUAUUUUAGUAUAGAUAAUGUAUACAAUGUUCAGUUGUGAUAAUCUACGAUAAGAGAUGUAAAAAUAUUUUCAUGUAUCAUUAUCAUUUUUACACUUUUUAUUAUAUACUUUCUUUAUGGUUUUGUUGUUAAAUCUACGUAGUUGAUGCGCUAUUUAUUCCUCAAAUUUACCUACAGUUCAUAAUUUUUUUGUUAUUCUUACAUCUUUUUUAUCAAAUGAUCAAGUGAACUGUGGUUAAAUUAUCCAUAAGAAACUUUAUUUAUUUUAUUUUACUGAAUAUGCACCGUUUUGCGCUUUAGAGAUUAUGUAUAUUUUUAUAUUUUUUCUUUUGUCAUUAUGUUAAGUAGAUAUAAGUAUUAAUAUUUAACUUUAUUGUCUUUGCAAUUUCUUUUGUCAAUAAAUACUUUUGGAUACUAA